AUGCUGGUGUCUACAUCCCUUGGGAAUCCUGAUUCAUCUGUGUCACUACGUCAACGUCGUGAAGUCGACAUUGUGGCGAAUACCAGGGGCCUCAUACAAGAAUUGAUAACUAAUCUUCAAAACUCUGCUCAACAAGCGAGGACUGCCAUAAGAACUUUUGUUCAGGGUUUGCAGCAACAGGUUGUACUUUAUAGACAAAAGGUUCGAGAAGAUCUACAAAAGUUGAGGGACAGCAUCUUAGAAUCUAUCAAGAAUAUAGCCAGCAAACUUACAUCAACUGGACCGGCUAUUGUUGGAUGCAUCAAGAACGGUCGCGAAUCAGUUGAGCAAUUAUUUGCAAAGGCGCACGAAAAGUCUAACAAAUGUGCUGACGAUAGAGUUCUGUACAUUAACAAAAUGGUAGAAGAACUAUCGGUUUUAAGCGACGGUGCUAUUAAUUACACAAGUAUUGCUGUGAAGAGUAUGCAAAGCUGCAGCGAGAAUAACUCGGGUCUCUUAAGUGUAGGACGCUGCCUGGGAAGUCUCGUAGUGAAGACGGAAUACAAGGGAGUGAUGUUCGCUGCCCAGAGUUCUCUUAUGAUUUCUCGCAUCAACUUAUCCCUGGUGACAUUGCCAGCUGCUAUGGAAGUGUGCGCUGGCACCAGUCUACUCUCAAUCGGCUCCGAGGCCAGAACCAUCGUGUCUGAUGUGGCCACCUGUUCCUUUUCAUCUAUUUUCUCUUCACCAAAUUCCACUGAAUAAUCAACA